CCUCCAUCUCUCUCCCUCUGUAUCCUCUCUCUGCUGCUAUCUCUCUCUCUCGUCAGAUUCAAUCAAUGAAAACCGCCCUCUCGUUUGUUUCACCAUCGUCAUUGCAAUCCAACCUCACUAUACGUGCUAGUACAUAAGAGAGAGAAAAAUUGACCUCAACCUCUUCUCCAUAAAUACAAACUAGCUACUGUAUGCUUACUGCAGACUGAUACACGAGAUAAAUCAUAAAUAUACAGCCAUAGAUUCCGUACAGAGAGAGACGUCUAGUCUUGGCUGAGAGCGGAUUCCGAUGGCGGCGUCAUCGGCGAUGUGCUCUUGGCUAAUGGCCGCAUGCAUGUCCGUCGCGUGCGACAGAGAAUCCGCCGUUUCUGCGCUCUCGACGACGUCGUCUAACUCGCGCCGCCGCCCAAUCAAAUGCGCCGCCCACCGCCGCAGCAUGAUUCUCGCCAAAUGCGCGCCGCGCAUUGGGAAUCUCGUGAAUUCCUCUCUCUCCCUAGAGCCCUGCCAUCACUUGGAUAAAUCUCACGAAUGUUUCUUCGGCUUCGAAUCGAGGAAUGUUUUAAUGCAGCGCGGCCGCCGGAAAUUACCCCGUUCCUCCCCCCAUUCUGGAGAAACAAAGGCAGUAGCUGUAAGUCCGGCCAUUGAAGUUUCACCCAAUAAAAAGCCUCCAAUCAAGCAACGGCGAGUGGUCGUGACAGGUAUGGGUGUGGAGACACCACUUGGUAGUGAUCCAGAUAUCUUCUAUAAUAAUCUUCUUGAUGGAGUCAGUGGAAUUAGUGAGAUAGAGGCUUUUGAUUGCUCGCAGUUUCCAACCAGAAUUGCUGGAGAAAUCAAGUCAUUCUCAACAGAUGGCUGGGUUAUACCUAAACUUUCAAAGAGAAUGGACAAGUUCAUGCUUUACAUGCUGACAGCAGGCAAGAAGGCAUUGGCUGAUGGAGGAAUUACAGAGGAUUUCAUGGAUGAACUGAAUAAAACAAAAUGUGGUGUUCUAAUUGGCUCUGCUAUGGGUGGAAUGCAAGUUUUUUAUGAUGCAAUUGAAGCAUUGAGGAUCUCAUAUAGGAAGAUGAAUCCAUUUUGCGUUCCUUUUGCAACUACCAACAUGGGUUCUGCUAUGCUUGCCAUGGAUCUGGGAUGGAUGGGUCCAAACUACUCAAUAUCUACUGCUUGUGCAACAAGUAACUUCUGCAUACUAAAUGCUGCUAACCACAUCAUCAGAGGUGAAGCUGACAUGAUGCUUUGUGGUGGCUCAGAUGCAGCAAUUAUACCAAUAGGCUUAGGAGGCUUUGUUGCAUGCAGAGCAUUAUCACAACGAAAUGGUGAUCCAACUAAAGCCUCGCGCCCCUGGGAUAGUAGUCGUGAUGGGUUUGUUAUGGGAGAAGGUGCCGGAGUACUUCUCUUGGAAGAACUUGACCAUGCCAAGAGUAGAGGUGCUACUAUCUAUGCUGAGUUUCUCGGAGGAAGCUUCACUUCUGAUGCUUAUCACAUGACAGAGCCUCACCCACAAGGAACUGGUGUCAUUUUAUGCUUAGAGAAGGCUUUGGCUCAAUCAGGAGUAUCUAAAGAAGAUGUAAAUUAUAUAAAUGCGCAUGCGACUUCGACUCCAGCUGGUGAUCUUAAGGAGUACCAGGCUCUUUUUCAUUGUUUUGGCCAGAAUCCAGAGUUGAAAGUGAACUCCACAAAAUCCAUGAUCGGGCACCUACUUGGAGCAGCUGGUGCCGUUGAGGCUGUCGCAACCGUUCAGGCAAUUCGAACUGGCUGGGUUCAUCCAAAUAUCAAUCUUGAAAAUCCCGAUGAUGGUGUGGAUGCAAAUGUGCUAGUGGGACCAACAAAAGAAAGACUCGACAUUAAAGUGGCCUUAUCUAAUUCGUUUGGAUUUGGUGGUCAUAACUCAUCGAUUUUGUUUGCUCCGUACAAGUAGAUUUUUUUAUGCUUGUAUCGGGAUGGGAAUGAUGCAAGAGGUACAUGUCUCAAGAUUUUACUAGGAAAAAAGCGCACAAGCCAACUCUAAAGGCAUACCACAUUUAUUUUCAGUGAUAAGCGAGGCACAUUCCUUAGUAAUUAGCAUCUCUUUCGAGUCUAUUUCUUUCCUGAGAUGAAUAUUCAUGUUAGAGGAGAGCAUCCUUACUCUCUGUCCAGAUGAAAAGUUUAGGUCCAUUCUUUGGCAGAGGCAGUGGUUGUGUUUUGUGGAAUUAUGUCAUAUUCAGAGUAGUUUGCCUUGCUACUGAGGGGAUCAUCUAUGUAGUGUUUUUGUUCAGAUUUUUUGUGCUAGAAUGGGAUUAAAGCCGAUUCGAAAAUUUAAUUGUUUCUUCUUAUUCUGAUAAGUACUUGUUUAGGCCACUGGCAAAAACCUGAGUUGUGGUGUAACAUUAAGUUUUGAUAUUGAUUUGCUUCAAAUGUGUAUAAGCUAAGUUAUAUUGUGAACUGAAAUUAAGGUUUUUUGACUC